CCGGCGACUAGACAACUCCAGUAACUGUGUAGUGUGUAGCCCCGACCAAUCAUGUGCAUAGGACGGUUUCUUCUGGAAGUGUCUCUGAUCGCAGCUGUGGCAGCUCACCACACAGUGCUCAUCGCAAACCAAGGAGGCGUACACGCUGUGGACCCGAUCAGUCAAAAUGUCAAAACUCUUCUGGAAUACGAAAAAGGAGCCAACACUGUUACCUACAGCUUACAAACUGAAAAUGUUUACGGGAUUUUCCAAAGUCAAAACCCAUUCGAUCACAAAAUAGUCAGGACUAAAAUCGUUGACAAAUCAGAGCCAUGUAAUGUCCACAAUUUGGAAGAAUGGUGCCGUAGGAGCAAGUUAUGUUAUAAAAUAUGCAAGUCUGACAAUCCUUACAUGCCGUUCCGAAUUAAGUUUGGCAAAUGUCUAAAGGCUAGCAACUUGGUAUUAGACUGGAUCAACGACAAUUUGUAUUGGACGUGUGAGCCGAAUAGUCGCGAACAAAUAAAGUCGUCCCUCAAUGUCAUGGAUGUGGAAGAUAAAAACAAUAAAACUCUUCUAACAAAGUCAAAUCCUAUACAAAGUAUUGAUGUCGAUCCGUAUGAAAAAAAACUAUUUGUACUGGAGUCAAACGUGUUGACCACCACGACCCUGGAAGGUGGCAAUGAGACGAUGAUUUACCAGUUUGACGAUGGUGUUGAGGACAUAUCCAAGAUCACUCUGGAUACCGAUAGCAAGAUCGUCUAUGUUGUCGGAAAAUCACUAAAUAACAGCAACGACAGGUUCCUGGCCAGUGUAAACUACGACGGAACGGACUACAAGAAAUUGUACACAAGUUCUGACCCGGCGUGGCAGUUUGGGCCAAAGAUAGUCAACAAAGUUGUCUACUGGCUGACUAACUCCAACGACACUGAAUGGCAAGCUGUUGGUGAAGGCGACGUUAAAAUGGAAAAGUUGCUCGUGCCAUUGGGCGUUGUCCAAUGGAGUCUCGUCCAUAUAGAUGCUCAGAAGCCUUUGAACAGUUCACACUGUAGAUUGUCAGGAUGUUCACACAGUUGUACCAUUUCUUCAUGGAUGAAAGUGGCAUGUCAGUGUCCAGAUGACAUGAUUUUAGCAGAGGACAACAAAACGUGUAAUGUAAUCCCUGGUCUAGAGAUCACCACUCAAAAGACAGUUGAAACUCCAAGCACAAAUGAAUCACAGGGUAACAGAGAAUCUGUAAAUGGAUCACGUGACCUUGCCGAAUCAGCUGUGAACGUAACAGACGAAUAUACACAGUCAGCUGGCGAGACUUCCCAGAAUGCAACUGUAACAGCUGGAGCAGUAACGGCAUCUUCAAGCAGUAUGACAUUAUUUUAUAUCGUCAUCACAACAAUCUUUGUGUCUGUAUUUAUUGUUGUGAUUGCUGUCAAAAGAAGAGCGAAAAUUGGGAAAUACCAGCCUGCAGAUUCGCAAGAAAGAACGGACUUCUCUUUGUAAAAACGAACUCGAAUUUUUGUACUUACGAAGGUCUAAAUUUAAAUUCCCUAUAUGAUUAUUUUCUAAAUGAUAAAUGACAUUCUUACUAAGGUACUUUAUGGUUGACAUUAACUAAGUGGACUUCUCACCACAUUGUAAUAUUUGAUGCCUUUUUUUAUUUGUAGUCCAUAUUGGUAAAGUUUAGGGCGCACAAAUUUCUAUGAAAUAUUUUAUUUUCGUUUAAGCUGGAAUUUAUGAUUUGUGUUUUAGUAUUUUUCAUAACACCAGAUGAGAUGCUAUUGUCUAUAAUUGGACCAUUUUGUUUUCUUAGUUGUUAUGAAAGUUAAUUAGCAAGACAAAAAUAUAGUUAAAAUAAAAGUAACCUAUAGAUGAACCAAAUGGGAAGAACAUAAAAGUUGUCUUAAGCUGGUACGUAAGCUGAUAAAUUCACAUAAGAGUAUUUUUAUUUCAUAGUAGUGAUUAAAGCCCCAUAAUUUUAAUUUUUUGUUGCAGUGUAUCUCAAAAGUAUCAGAGUGUUUUUUUUUACUGACGAUGUACUUAUGAACGGUAUAUCCUAAGAAUUGAUAUAGUUUCCAUUAAAAGGCUGUUUACAGGUGUGUAUUUGCAGUCAAACCAAACAAAUAUGAAUGUAUUUAAAAUAAGUAUAUUUAUUCUCGGCAGCUAGAAAAUAUAUUUUGUAUUUAUUUAUGUACAAACUAUUGUGUUUUUCCAAUUGACUGCCUAAAGCCUUUGAGG